UAUCCAUUUUUGAAGGUGCAAGUUUAAGUAAUCCACGAAGUACCCUUUACAAAAAUCUUCCCAGAUUAGAAACCGAUACUCCGAGAGGGGCCAUCGAUAAUUCCAAAGCAAGCUGUCUGUCUCCUUCCCCCAUUCUCUGCGUAUGGUGUGCAAUAACUAACAAGUAACAACACAUAAUAUGAUCCCUCAAUGGCUUCUCUAAUCAUGCCAUCUCAUUCUUGGUGUUCAUCCCUUAAUUUCCCUCGAUCAGGGCUUCUAAACCCCCUAAUUCGAUCGCCUCAAGCAGUCACCAAUAGCUUUCCUUUAAGUCCUCAUUUUUCUUCCCGUUUCUACUUCAAGGGCAAGCUAUCGACAUUGAAAUUUCAGAAAUAUGCGUAUUCUUCUACGAGGCACAGACUCCUUGUUGUUGCUACUAUGGAUUGGGAUAUGUCUAGUUUUUCACUAGAUGAUAGAGGUGAUAGUGAUGGAUCUAUUGGAUACUCCUUUUCAUCAAGUGAAGGUGAAGAAAGUGAUGGAGAUGUUAUAUUGAAUCCAAUUAAUGAUGUUGAUAUUCCAACAUCAAGUGAGAAAUUUCGUCAACCUGAUGAUGCUUUAACAAUAUCUGCUCAAAAACUAGCAAGAAUGGGUAGAUCUCGUAGGAGAAACAGGAUUAAAUAUGGAAUUUUCAUCAACAUUGGCCUUAUCACUUUCUUAACAAUACUUCUCUUACUUUUGGAUUCGCACGCGUGGCGUAUAGUGAAACUCCCUUUGCCACCUUUUCACUUAAUAUGCCCUUUUAUAGCCUCUACUUUUUUAGUGUCAUGUGCUGGAUAUAUUUGUGUGCCUUUAUUUAGACUUUCAAAGAUGCAACAAAUUAUCAACAAAUGGCCAGCUAGGCAUUCUUCUAAAAAAGGAACUGCUACAAUGGGUGGAUUGUUUCUCAUUCCUAUUGGUGUAAUUGUUGCUGAAGUUUUAGUUGGUUUUAGUUCUAUAGAAGUUUCCGGAGUAUCUAUAGCAACUGUAGCUUUUGCUACAAUUGGAUUAGCGGAUGAUUUCUUGAGUUUGGUGAAAAGGAGGAAAGAUGGGUUGUCUCCUUGGAUAAGGAUCUUGUUGGAGGUGGCAGUUGGAACAUGGUUCUAUUUUUGGUUAUGUUCAAGGAACAUAUCAUCACCUUACAGCAUUAAAAUGGUGGUGCCGCUACCUCUGCCGCUAGGGCUGGUGUGCAUGGGUGGUUCUUAUUUAGUGUUGACUUCAUUUUGUUUUGUGUCAAUGGCAAAUGCAGUGGAGUUGACUGAUGGUCUUGAUGGAUUAGCUGGAGGAACUGCUGCCCUUUCAUUUAUAGGAAUGUCAAUUGCAGUCCUUCCAAUUUGUUCAGAUCUUGCAGUUUUUGGAGCAUCAAUGGCAGGAGCUUGUGUUGGUUUCCUUUUCCAUAACAGAUACAAAGCUUCAGUGUUUAUGGGGGAUACUGGAACUUUAGCAUUAGGUGGGGCCCUCGCUGCAAUGGCUGCUUGCACUGGAAUGUUCUUUCCCUUACUUAUAUCUUCUGGAAUCAUCAUCUUGGAAGCACUUUCCGUUAUACUUCAGGUAUCAUACUUCAAAUUCACUAAACGAUUACAAGGAAUUGGAAGGCGGUUAUUCAAAAUAGUUCCUUUGCAUUACCAUCUUGAAUCAUGCGGGAUAAAGGAGCCUGUUAUUGUUGCGGGUGCAUACAUUAUUUCAUGCGUAUUAAUGUUAUCGGCUGGAUAUGUAGGUCUUAUUUCGGUAUAGGUUUUAUUUAUUCUUGAAAUAUUUAUGUAAUUACCUUUUAGAUUUUAUUUACAUAAUUGCUCAUAUCUAGUCGAUUUUGAUUCUA